GCUCAUUAUUUUAUAGAAAAUGAACGGUCAUGGGUUAAUAAAUAUUUUUUUACGGUAUCCCCAACAGCGUUCCGCUAACAGCUUUGUGAUUUGUCACAGAAGUGGGUAACGGAACCAUUGCUAAUUAAUUAUAUAUUUUAGUGUUUUACAAGCAUAAUCAAGCGGUGAAAGAUGUCGAACACCAGCCGUAAAAGACCUUUGUCUCUGCCAAUGAGAUCCAAAGCAAAAAGGAAACCAAAACAUGUGUCUGAAGAUGAAGAAAGCAACGAUUCCUCGAUCUCUGAACAUGAACAAGAUAAACAAAGGACUCCAUCUCCUAUGCCUGAUGAGCCUAAAUUGAAGUUACCUGAGGAACUGCUUCAAACAUUUUACAAAACGCCAGGCGUCCUCAUGAUAGCUGGUCUAGUCUCCUGGGAUUUGGUUGCAAAGAGGGAUAAUAAUCCCAGUAAACGUACCCACCCGAAUUUAUAUACUUUCCACAAGUUUACUGACAAAAAGUAUCGCCUUAUAAUAAGUGGAUGCAGUGCUGGUCACUCCAUUCUUGUCUCGGAAGAGGGUGAUGCUUAUACUUUUGGUCGCAACACAUUCGGCCAGCUCGGCUUCGGAGAUACAAACACGCGCAAUGUGCCAGAGCUCGUGCCAACUUUGAAAGGGCUCAACAUCAUCCAUGCAGCUGUGGGCAGGAAUCAUAGCAUGUUUGUGACAGACACGGGCACCGUGUACGCGUGCGGCGAGAACAAGUGCGGUCAGUGCGGGCUCGGCAACACCACGCCGCAAAUACUUAAGCCUACACGCAUACGGUAUAAGGGUGCUCCAAUUGUGAAAGUUGGAUGUGGCGCCGAAUUCUCCAUGAUACUGGAUUGCAAUGGCGUCCUGCAUUCAUUUGGCUUGCCUGAGUUUGGUCAAUUAGGCCACAAUACUGACGGCAAAUACUUCGUCACAUCAACUAAGCUGUCGUACCACUUCCAAACCGUGCCAAAGAAGAUUGAGCUGUUUUUCGAGAAAGCCAAAGAUGGCCACAUGAUACCAGUGAAUGACGUGAUCAUUGUAGAUUUCUCCUGCGGCAAUAAUCACACUGUGGCGAUCGACUCAAAGAAGCGCGCGUUCAGCUGGGGCUUCGGCGGGUUCGGGCGGCUCGGGCACGCGGAGCAGAAGGACGAGGCGGUGCCGCGGCUGAUCAAGUUCUUCGACUCGCAGGCGCGCGGCGUGCGCUCCGUGCACUGCGGCGCUACGUACAGCCUCGCCGUCAAUGAGAUUGGCCUACUCUUCUUGUUUGGCCAAACUAAGCGCACGGGCGAAGCCAACAUGUAUCCGAAGCCGGUCCAAGACCUUACAGGUUGGCACAUCCGUAGCGUGGGUACUAGCAACACAUCCAUCGUGAUCUCUGCAGACGACUCGCUCAUCGCCUGGGGCGUGUCUCCCACUUAUGGAGAAUUGGGCAUGGGUGAAAUAAACCGGUCCACCGCGAAGCCGAAGGAGGUGAACCGCAUGGACGGGCUGAACAUCACACAGGUGGCCAUGGGGUUCUCGCACACGCUGCUGCUCAGCGACAACACCUCCCCGGAGGUGCAGCAGAAGUUGGCCACACUUCCCACCUUCUCCCCUUAAACGCCACCCAUAACCAUCAGCCCAUAUGUUCCCAGUUCCCUCUGCUGGGACACGGGCCUAUGAGGGUACAGGCCAUCCACCACGCUGGCCAAAUGCGGGUUGGUAGAUGUCACAUGUCGAACUUUUUUUUUCAUUCGACACAUCUAUCACAUCACCACGGGGCAAACAUUAGACCCACUUUAAUUUACCGUCCGCGACGCCUGGAUACCGUCCACACUUAGUCCUCACUUUAUUCAUGCUCCUUCAGUGUUGAAACCUAUCGUUUUGCCUCAUUGGCCCAUUUAUAUUGAGAUAGAAUCUUGAAGUAUUGGGAAUCUCGCAUAAUGGAAGAACACGGCUCGAGAUAAUUGUAACACCUAUGUUGUAAUGUUUAUAUGUAUCCAUCACAUUUUGUUUAGGAUUAAAGUUUUAUUUUAUUGUGAAUGCUUAAAGCGAUUUUACAUUUGUUUGUUCUCGAUUUAAAUUGAAGUAUAUUAGAUGGCUCCCUGGCCCUGUCUACCUCAUUUGAACCUCAUCUUACGUGGAGUUCGCUAAUGUAUUUUAAUCGUGAAUACAAUGAGCACAAAAUUAAGAAUACUGACUUGUGUAACUUCACUGUGUACUUACUUUAUUUAAUUUAGACGUUGCAACUACACUGCCUCUCGUGUAUCUGAUCGUAUGUGACGUAGCGGACGUGAAUUUAAUGUAAAUAAUGUGUAACUUUAGCUAUUAGAUUUUCAUUGUAAUUUGUAUGAGACUGUGUAGGAGGUAUUUAAUUUUUUUUUUUGUAAACCUUAAUAAUUUUUAGAAAAAGUAUUUGUGUUUGUAAACUAUGCGAUGUCGCGGCGAUUAUUUCGUUAAUACAGGGAAUUGAUUAUUCUAGUGAAGAUUAUUUUCUUCGAUACGAACAUAGCAUGCUCUUGGAGUCUUCGCCUAGGCAAGUGCUACCCACCUCCAAUAAUUGUUUUAAGUAUACGAUGUUAGCAUUAAUAAAUUCCAGUAUAGAACCGAUAAGAUUAAUGAAUCUUUUCUUUAAACUAAUUUUAUAUUUUUAUGGUGAUUUUUCACGUUACGGUUAAGGGAUAGGAUAAGAUUGUACUUAAUUAAGACUUUUCGUAACAAACUGGAACGUAUUAUAAGUUGUAAGGUGUACACUGUUUAUGCAGUACUUGAAGUUAGUGAGAAUAAACAUUCCCAUUCAUUGAAAUAUUGUACGAAAUUUACUACUCUAUGUCAUAAGCGUGUAAACGACAAUCUGAUAAUGUUCUCAAUUUUAUAAAAAUAUAUGUGAAAAAGAAUAACUUCUAGAAAGAUUCAAAAUGUCUCAAUUUGCAUGUUGAAAUGUAAGAAUUUCAACUUUGAUUGAUGCAAAUAGAUUCAAUUUGACAAAUAUCUUAUUGCACUUUUAUAUAUUUCUAUUUUUAUCGUGUAGUUGUCUAUUAUCAGCUUUCAAUUGAAUCGGUGUUGAAUCUUGAAAGGAGUCACUGGAGUUUAAGUGAAAUAGUAUUUGUAAUUUAAUGUUAGCGUAAGUUGAACAAACAAUCAUGUUAGAAAGUACUCAUAAAUAUACAGGCCUUGCCAAGAUUUAUUCAUUAAUAAACUUUUUUCCUGGA